AGUUACACACAUCUCUAUCGUUACCCCCAAUAUUUGCGCCACAAUAGGACCCAUUUCCCAGAGAACCUCCGCCAUGGAAAAACAUCUUCAAGUUCAACAACAACAACAGUUGAAGCUACCGUCGGGGUUCAGGUUUCACCCGACGGAUGUGGAGAUCAUUACCGCCUACCUAGUACCCAAGGUGCUAAAGAAACCCUUCGACACUAGGGAAGUUGGGGAGGUGGAUCUGAACAAACAUGACCCAUGGGAACUCCCCGAGAUGGCAAACAUGGGGGAGAAGGAGUGGUACUUCUUCUCCCAAAAGGACCACAAAUACCCCACUGGGAUACGGACCAACAGAGCCACAACCGCCGGCUACUGGAAGGCCACUGGAAAAGACAAGGAGAUCUUCCACCCGCCAACCAUGAGUCUCAUCGGCACGAAGAAGACACUAGUCUUCUACAAGGGCAGGGCACACAAGGGGGAGAAGACCAACUGGAUCAUGCAUGAGUACAGGCUCGAGAGAGGCAAGCAGCCGGCACCCAACCUUCCCACUGACAUCACCAACACAUCCACCAUUAAUGCAUCUUCCAAGGAGGAAUAUGUGGUUUGUAGGAUCUUCCAUAAGAGCAUUGGACUCAAGAAGGUGGUUAUGUCAUCGUUCGCCAUGCCCAUGCCCAUGGUAGUAGAGCGGCAGCAUGGCUUCCUCGAAUCCAUUACAUUGCCUCCCCUCAUGGACUACAAUGCAUCAUCAUCAUUGGCGCCACCGUUGUUAGUGACUGCAUCUUCUUUGUACCAGCUACAAGCCACCGGGGCUAGCUUGUCGAUGAUGGAAGGUGUGUUUCUCCCAAUGAUGAAUGGCCACUACUUUGGUAACCACCACCACCACCAAAUGAUGGCCGUCCCACCAAAGCCGUCGAUACCGUUCUACCACCACCAGCAGCAGGAGCAACAACAACACCAGAUGAUGCAGAUGAUGUCGAUGGAUAUGAUUGUAGACCAGGGCUUUAUGGUCAGGGUCGAGCCUAGGAGCGAACCAUCAUCCAUAGUGUUGCAGGAGGAUUUCCUAAUUGCGUUAAGCAAAAAUGACCCAGGCAACGACACCACAACAACAUCUGACGAGAUCAUGUCAAUGAAUAUGGGGAUGGAUGGCAUGUGGAAGUAUUGAUGAUCAAAUUAUCCAAUAGACCAUAUAUGUCUGUGCGCAUGCAUGAAUUAAUCAUCCGUCCGAAGAUCAGUUGAUAUAUACCAACAUAUAUAUUGGUUUGUACCGCAAUUUAAGUUUUCAGCUUCAGCACAAUAGAGUUUGUAUGCAUUGCUUGACAUGCCUGCCUUGCCUUGUCUCUCUUGUGCUAGCAUUGUGUGUGUGUGUAUGUGUUGUGUGUGUGUGUGGCGCGCGUGCGCGCGUGUGUGUGUGUAUACUGGCUUGUAUAUGUUGUAUAUUUGGCACAACUAUGGGCUUUACCAUUGUGAACAUUGUUGCCAUAGGAAAAAUAAUUGCUUUUGGAAUAAAAAGUAUU